AUGGCUGAUUUGGACUUGGAAGGAGCUACUCUCCAUGAUUCGGACUUUAAGGAGGUGGACUACGACGACAGCGGCGACGACGAUGGCGACGACGAUUUCAACGACUUGUCUCGUGAAUUGGACCAAAUUGGCAAGAUCAAUAUCAGCUACUUUCUAGACAAGGUCAACUUUAAUUUGCCCAAUUUUGACAUCAAGCAGAUCUCGGUCGAGCUUAACAAGCAGUUGGACAAGUACAAGUCGUAUUAUAAGACGGGGAUAGUGAUUCUGGAUGAGUACAGGGAUAGUUUCCGGAUUAUGGACUCGUUGAAGGAGCUUUUAAACACACGGCUACAGAUUAAACAGUUUUCCACCGACGUGAAGUCGGCGUUGGAGAAGUUGCAGCCGCUUACGGAAGUUGUGCAUCGAGCUGUAUCUCUACCUGUGGAGGAUUUGAGUGAGUUUGAAGAUGAAGAAGAAGAAGAAGAAGAAAAAGAAGGAGGGAGAAAAGAGGAUAAGGAGAUUGGAGUAGAUUCACACGCACGCAUCGAUCCUGAUAUAAGGAAAGUGGUGGACGCCAUUGGACUAAGUGAGGUAAUCAGCAAUGGCCAGGAGUUUCUCUCAAAGUUUAUCAACCAAGUGACUGGAAAGGGUUCGAAAGACGACAAGAGUUUGCCACAUUAUGGGCUACCCGAAGAUGGCGAUGAAACCGCGUCGACGACGACAAUCUCGACAACGGCGUCGCUGACGACGAUGUCUUCGGACAGGAUUGCCGGCUUGAGUCCCGAAGUCGUGAAGGAUUUGACCGAGUUGGAUUGCAUGAGCGACUUUAAAAAGGAGGAGAUACUUCGCGCAAAGAUCCUCGCCAUCCAGCAGCUAAAUGUCGAGCAGCUUGCAAAGAACCAAUUGAUGACAAAACUAAUGAUGGGCAAUUACUACAAGUUCAUUAACCAGCAGUUGAAGAACGAAGAAGAACGAUUUUCAACCAUACUAGAACAUGAAAGGGGCUCGAUCAAAACGGGAGAAGCAUUUAGCGACAGCAACGAAGAAACAGACCUCGAGGCUGCUGCACAUAACGAAAGCGAGGAGGACGAAGUCAUCAUCACUGAAAGGGACCAAGAACCAACAUUUUACGACGCGGCAAACUCGAUCCUUGGGUGUCUGCAUUAUCAGCGCAGCUGCAAAUCGGAGUGUCCAACUUGCCACAAAUGGUUUACCUGCCCCUUUUGCCACGAUGCAAAGAUAUCGGACCACAAGAUGGUUAGAAAUCAAGUCAAGCAUAUCUUGUGCAUGCACUGUCUGACUCCGCAGGACGUGGAGACCAGCUUCUGUGUCAAUUGCGAAAAGGAGUUGGCCAAUUACUUUUGCGACAAGUGUGUUCUUUACGAUGACGACCCUAACAAGGAGAUUUAUCAUUGCGACAAGUGCGGGAUAUGUCGCUUGGGACUUGGGCUCGAUAAGGACUACUUCCAUUGUGAUACCUGCAAUAUAUGCCUCUCGAUAGACUUGAAGGACAAGCACAAGUGUGUGAGCAACACGACCCAUUGCAACUGCGCCAUUUGCAGUGAGUAUUUGUUUACCCUGACCCAAAAAGUCGUGUUUAUGAAAUGCGGCCACUCGAUACACCAGCUUUGCUAUGACGAGUUGGUCAAGCAUAGUUACAAGUGUCCCAUUUGCAAGAAAUCGAUAGCCAAUGUUGAAAACAGGUUUCGGUUGUUGGACCAAGAGAUUGCCCAUAGUCCCAUGCCCGAGCCCUACAACACUUGGAGCUGCACCAUCACGUGCAACGAUUGCAAGGGCAAGUCGAACUGCCAGUAUCACGUGUUGGGACUCAAGUGCAAGUAUUGUCACAGUUAUAACACGAACCAGGUCAAGAUACGCAAGCCCAAUGAGAAUGCCGAGGACGAAGUUGAAGUUGGUGAGGGUGAAAAUCACGAUUUCGAUGUUAAUAUCAUGCGGGCAGUUGAGACCAAUUUGCAGAGUAACUUUGGUAUCGAUUUGAGGCAAAACUGA